CAGCUUAAUGGCGGCGACUGCUUGAAGCGGGCUGACGGGCGGGCGGCCGGCCUAGCGGGGAGGCAGGGGGCGAGUGACACAGGUUUGCCGGUCGCUGGUCCGCUGCCAACUGCGGUUUCCCGGAGGCGGCGGGGUUCGGCGCCAUGGACAGGCCGGUGGGGGCAGCGGCGGGCUGCGAAGGCGCCGGGGCCCCGGGCCUGGGCUCGGUGGGCGGCUGGAGAGCUCCGCGGGCCUCCGGGGCCGCGUCGGCCGGCUCCCGGCAGCCCAGCGUGGAGACUCUGGACAGUCCUACAGGGUCACAUGUUGAAUGGUGUAAACAGCUUAUAGCUGCUACAAUUUCUAGUCAGAUUUCAGGUUCAGUGACAUCAGAAAAUGUAUCCCGAGAUUACAAGGUUUUCAGGAGGCCUGAUAUAAGGGAGACUCAGGAAGAACACAGUGGCUACCCUUCUGAAGCGGCAGCUGAUCAGGCUCUAAGGGACGGAAACAAGCUGGCACAGAUGGAAGAAGCUCCACUUUUCCCAGGAGAGUCAAUUAAGGCCAUUGUGAAAGAUGUCAUGUAUAUCUGCCCAUUUAUGGGAGCAGUGAGUGGAACUCUGACAGUGACGGACUUUAAAAUGUACUUCAAAAACGUAGAGAGGGACCCGCAUUUCAUCCUUGAUGUUCCCCUUGGAGUGAUCAGCAGAGUUGAGAAGAUUGGAGCACAGAGCCAUGGUGACAAUUCUUGUGGCAUAGAGAUCGUGUGCAAGGAUAUGAGGAAUUUGAGACUUGCAUAUAAACAAGAGGAGCAGCGUAAACUUGGAAUCUUUGAAAACCUCAACAAACAUGCAUUUCCCCUUUCAAAUGGGCAGGCACUAUUUGCAUUCAACUAUAAAGAAAAGUUUCCAAUUAAUGGCUGGAAAGUAUAUGACCCAGUAUGUGAAUAUAAGAGACAGGGCUUGCCAAAUGAGAGUUGGAAGUUUUGCAGAAUAAACACUAAUUAUGAGUUUUGUGAUACCUACCCUGCCAUCUUUGUUGUGCCAAGUAGUGUAAAAGAUGAUGACCUUUCAAAAGUGGCAGCCUUUCGAGCAAAAGGCAGAAUCCCUGUGUUGUCAUGGAUUCAUCCGGAAAGUCAGGCAACAAUUACACGCUGUAGCCAGCCACUGGUGGGUCCCAAUGACAAACGCUGCAAAGAAGAUGAAAAAUACUUGCAAACAAUAAUGGAUGCUAAUGCACAGUCACACAAACUUACCAUCUUUGAUGCACGGCAGAACAGUGUUGCUGAUACCAACAAGGCAAAGGGUGGAGGAUAUGAAAGUGAAAGUAAUUACCCAAAUGCAGAACUCGUAUUCUUGGAGAUCCACAAUAUUCAUGUGAUGAGAGAGUCACUGCGUAAAUUGAAAGAGAUCGUGUACCCUUCCAUCGAUGAGUCACGGUGGCUCUCCAAUGUAGAUGGGACACAUUGGCUGGAAUACAUAAAGAUGCUUCUUGCCGGGGCAGUAAGGAUUGCUGAUAAGAUAGAAUCUGGGAAAACAUCUGUGGUGGUUCACUGCAGUGAUGGUUGGGACCGAACAGCCCAGCUCACAUCUCUGGCAAUGCUGAUGUUGGACAGUUACUACCGGACCAUUAAAGGAUUUGAAGCUCUCAUAGAAAAGGAGUGGAUAAGCUUUGGACAUAGGUUUGCACUGCGAGUGGGCCAUGGUGAUGACAACCAUGCAGACGCUGAUCGAUCGCCUAUAUUUCUUCAGUUUAUUGAUUGUGUUUGGCAGAUGACAAGACAGUUUCCUUCAGCCUUCGAAUUUAAUGAAUUAUUCUUGAUUACAAUUUUGGACCACCUUUAUAGCUGUCUCUUUGGGACCUUUUUGUGCAACUGUGAACAAGAGCGAGCCAGAGAGGAUUUACAUACAAGGACUGUAUCUUUAUGGUCAUAUAUCAAUAGCCAACUAGAUGAAUUUUCAAAUCCCUUCUUUGUGAACUAUGAAAACCAUGUGUUAUAUCCUGUUGCUAGUAUGAGUCAUUUGGAAUUAUGGGUAAAUUAUUAUGUACGAUGGAAUCCACGGAUGAGACCACAGAUGCCAAUUCACCAGAACUUCAAGGAGCUGCUGGCUGUCAGGGCUGAGCUCCAGAAGCGGGUAGAGGACCUGCAGCGGGAGGUGGCCGCACGGGCCGUUCUGUCCUCCUCUGAGAAGGGCCCCUCGCCGGCUCACUCAACCCCUGCUGUGCACACCUCAGUGUGAUGGGCCAGGCCAGCGUCUUGGGCCAGCCUGCUGCUCCACUGUCUCUCAGCAGCUCAGGGACUUGGCCACUGCUUUUAUGGCUGUAGCCUAUGAUCUUAUCUCUUAGGAUUAGGCCCCAGGGACCAUUUGUAUGGUGAGAUGAUACCACGAUUGGCAAGUGCUUUUUUUUGAAAAACAGCCUGUGUCCGCUGUCUCACCAGGGAGCCGCCUGUCCGCUGUAGCUGGGGAGAAGCGAGUGAGUGUGAAACACACACCUUCCUUCCACAGUGGUCCUUCAGUAAGCACACACCAUUCACCAAGCCCACAUCGUCAGACACAUGGCUUCUCUUGGCUCCUUGCCACGACUUGAAAACUUUCUAAGCGAGUUGUUUGGGCUGCCAACAGGCCAUUGUCACCUGGUCUACAGUUAUCUUCAUACAAGGAGUACCCCGUACCAGUUACUGUUGUGUACAUAUAAGGUAUUUUUUAAAAAGAGAAACAUGCCUUUAUUUUCCUAUGUCCUUUUUUAUGUUUAGAAUAUUCACCUGAGGAGGUACCUGAUGAACUGUAUGGGAGACAUUCUUUCCAACAGGUUCCAUGCUAACUUUACUGUGGUACAUUUGAAACAAGAUUCAGAUAUGGCUAUCUUAGUGGCAAUCUCUUACUGUCUUCUAACUGUGGUAAUUGCCUUCUGAAGGUGGCAUGGGCCAUUGACAGGGUAACAGCAGGUUCCAUUAGGACAUAGCAAACUAUGCAUGCCUAAUCCUCUGGCCCUGUUGGAGGUAAACUGAGGACUCAGGCAGCUCUGUACAGGUGCUGGCCUCCCUCUGAGACAGCUCCUCGAAGGAGCAGUGCUUGUAGUUUGCUCUGGAACAUCUUACCUUGUAUCAGAGCAAGUCUGCUUUUACCUGCUUUCAGGUGCCUGAACGAAGCUGUUCUCAUUUUAUCAUAGUCCCUUUACCUCAGUUUAUUUGCCUGGCUGCCUGUCCAUGUUUUACAGUGACCAAUGUGCUGUGGCUUCAGUCUAGAAGAAAGCACGUGCCACCCUUGGCUCUGCUUCCUGAGCCAGCCUUGGCUGCUCAAGCUUCUCUGCAUGGGUUUGCACCUUCCUUUAACAACUCUGAGCUCUGUAACCCCAUCAGCUGUAGCAGGAAUGAAUUACCAUCAGCUCCUCGGUGUGGUGCCAGCACCUACCCCAGGCCCAUCUCUGCAUGCCCCCAGGCCCCAACCUGCAGCAGAGGCAAGCCUUUUCUGAGUCAGAUUCAGAGAUGCCAUAGGAGCUCACAGGGUCAGCCCCACACCGGCACAUUGCAUCCUCUCCUGGGCCAUGUCAAAUCACUGGAAGUCAUGCAUAUGCAUAUAUAUCCACCUCAGUUUUGAAAAUAUAUUCUUAAAGGUUUUCUAUCGUCUAAUACUUAGAGAAUAAGUGUUCUGUUUCUCAACUUGGAGCCUUCUAAUUCUUACAGAAAAUCAUAAGAUAGCAGAGAUAUUUGUUCAAGGGAGUUCGAUAACCUGAGUUCAAUUGUACAUUUUUAUCAUCUAGGGGAUCAGUUUCUAAAUCAUAGUUUAAUUAAUACUAGUUUCUGAAAUUUGAUUCAAAUCCAUCCAAAAGCUUAUUUAUGAAUGAAUAAACAGCCAUGCAUUGAGGUGCAGGUACAUCAUUCCAGCAUUCCGAAAUCUGAUGCAGGAAGAUUGUGGCCAACCUGGGCUACAGAGCGGGCCCCUGUCUCAAAAACAAUACCAAAACAGAAAAUAGCAAAUUCAUUCAUAUACGUCCUUAAAGAAUGAAUGCAUUGCCUAUUUUCCCCUCAGAAAUACUCGUUAAGCCCCCAGGUCCACUAGGACUAGUCAAAGUAGUGUGGACUGCAUGGCGCUCUUGACCCAGCUAGAGAAGCCGUGAGGAGGGCUGCUUGGUGCACUCAGCUAGCCUGGUGCCCGUGGCUGCUAGGGUAAGGCGAUCCCCCUCCUGGAAAUUCCCAUUCAGUUUUACAGAAGCACAAGAGUACUUCCCUUUGGAUGUUCCAGCACAGAGCUGUUUCUAAACCCACUUGAUAUAUAGUUUUCUUAUCUAAGCAAUUCUUUGUUGGUGCGUUAGUUUUAUUUAAGUACUAGAAUGUAAAACUUUUACGGUUCAUGUUUUUAAGAAAAACUGGUACAAUACUGUAUUUGCAUCACCUGAUGCACUGUAUUUCAAUCUGGAAUUAAAAUUAUAAUAUGUUUA